CGCGGGCGGGCGAAGAGGGAGGGAGCCGGCCUGGCAGUGGGGACGGUGGCCUCGAUGCUGCGUGCCCGGUCCCACUGCUGUCACUCGCGCGGACGCCCGCGGCACCCUUUCUCCCACGUUGCUAUAGCCCCGGCUCGAGGGAACCUGUUUUCUGGCCCCGCUUUGCCCGAUCCGGUUUUGUCGCGCCCCGAGUCUUCUGAAAUCUGACCCUCCCCGGGGUGCUGUGAUCCGGAGAGAAGAAACCUUACUCGCUGCAGGCUCGGGGCCCGGGCCGUGCCACACCCGCGGCGGGGCUACUAGAGUCACUCAACGUCCCUGUGCCCUUGGGCCCCUCUUUGAUACCAGGGCCCAUUCUCAUCCAACAACAGAACUCGCUGGGAAAAAAAAAAAAAAAAAAAAAAAAAAAAAAAAAAAAAAAAAAAAAAAAAAAAAAAAAAAAAAAAAAAAAAAAAAAAAAAAAAAAAAAAAAAAAAAAAAAAAAAAAAAAAAACUUUCUGCAGAUGCCCAGCCUCCCAGGUACAUAAGCAGACAACAGGAAGGAAAGCCCAAGAACCUAUGCUCCGACCGGCUUGGGAUCAUCCUGAACUAGGGAAAGGAAGGAGAGAAAGCAGGUUCAUUCUGCAGCUCAGGUGCUGGCUCUGCCAUGAUCUCCUUAGGGAAUGCAGGGAGGUGACAGUUAUCCACUCCCCACUCCUUCCUUUGCUCGGGUUUUGCCAGCAUUUUCAAAGGUUUUUCUGUCGUCGUCCAGCAGGCCCAGUGGGCUCUUCAGAAAGGCUUCCGUGCGUGGGAGGACCUUUCUGCCGAGGACAUGAAGGGAAAUGAGUUGGAGGCAGGUGUCCAGGUGCUAGGCUGGACUUGAAAUGUGCUGAGAACUUGCGCAGACAGUCAGAAACAAGGAUGGCUUAUGGAGAAGAAGGGCGAUCGGUGCCCUGCGCAUUUAAAAGUGAGACAGACACGGGGGCUGAAAUUCAGAGGAGAGCUAUAAUUGAAGUUUCCCCUUAGUACGCGUUACUCUUUUCCUUUCCCAUGAGAAGUCUCUGAAAGAGAGACCACGUAAACUGGGUAUUAGUUCAAGAUGCAUACAUGAGGAUCUUUGGGUUUCAAAGAUGAAAGAGAAAUUUGUUUUUCCUGUAUACUGUGCUUAGAAAUUUUUGUCAAAGAAAAAUAGGCAAGAAAGUAAGCCGCUUGAGGUCUACUGUAGCCUUCAAUUCACGUAUCGAAUGAUCACGUGAUAGCCAAAGUAGCUACCGAAAUUCUGACCUGUUCUUGGGAGAUUUUUGGCGACCCUGUUUAUUUGGGUAUUGUAUAAGAAUCACAAAAAUAUAUUGUCAAGCAGAAAGUCAUUCUCAAAUGGGACCUGUCUUGUUCUAUAAAUGUCCAAAGAGGAGUGCAGACUUGAUCGUAUGCUUUGUAAGACUGAUUCUUUAAAAACAAAACAAAACAACAACAACAACAACAACAAAACUAACCUAAAUCUCUUUCUUGGGUCCAGAACCCGUUCCUUCUGUUUGAUACAUACAGAUGUUUACAGCUGGUGUGGCUGCUCAGCCUUCUGUGCUUGACAAGCAAAAGUGGUGUCCAUUUCCACUGACGGUGUGUGCUGUCCCUUUCUUGACUUGAAUUUCUUCCAAUGAGCAAAUCCUGCCUUCUCCAUACCAUUCUUGAAUGUAUAUAAUGCAUUGUGAUUGGUGCCUGUCAAGCAAGUGUAUCUUGUAUUUCAGACCAUGGGGCUGUUGAUUCCCCCAAAGUUUGUGUUAAUAACACACCUUCCCUGGUUUCCAUAUCUUGUCCAAGGUCUGUUCUUUUCUGCUUUCUCCAGUUACUUCAGCUCCUCACUGACCUGCAGUUUCUCUCAUCAGUUAGGGCCGUGUUGGGUAUUUAUACCUCAGCUAUAGGCUCCGGGAUCCUGGUUUUUCUGCUAUGCUUGUAUCACUGUUCAUUUCCUACAUAUGAGUGAUAGGUCACAUGUCCCUUUGCUGAGGCUUUUCUUACAGGAGACGCUUUCUGAACAGGUGCUCAUGACAGGUCACACCCCUGGGUGGGACGUCUAAAUCAGUUGAUGAGGUUGCCGUUUGUGGCAUAAAAUCUCUGGGUCUGCUCAUUCCCAUCUUUGUGGAAUGCAUUCCUUCCUGCAUUUCCCCCACAUCCACUGCACUUUGGAUGGUAGAAAUGCAACGGAUAGCCUCUGGGUUUUCGGGAUUUUUCUUUUAUUUUCAAGUGAAGUUCUUGUGGUCCUCAGGGAUGUACUCUUUAUAGCACGAGGUCUCCAAAAUGGCAGCGCCUUGACUGUGUGGCGCUGGUCAGUUCCUUAGUUCCUUCAGAAAAGUUUUGACUCAACGUCAUGCUUUGUGAGUUUGUCUCCUGUUGGGCACCUCUCACUGUCAUCCUCAGCCUUCUCUGAAAUGGCUUUGGUAUGCCCUUCCCCCCCUUCUGUAGUUGCUUUUGGCAUGUUCCAGGUCACGGUCUGUGCUUGCCGCAGAAAUGCUUUCUGAACAGCCUGCAGCCCUGGGAGCAGGAUGGGAGUCGACAAAUGUACAUCUGGAUGGAGCAGAGCCCCAGAUGGAGAGAGGAAACCAGGAAGAGGGCCCAUGGAGAACAGCACCAGGGGCGCUGGAGCACCUUCACUGUGACCUUGAAGAGGAGCCACUGUCCCUUCAGGAGAAGUCUCAGUCUGCUCCCUGUGCUCCAGCAGUUCCUCAGGAGGGCAACACUGCAGACUGGGAAAUGGCAGCCGCACUUCUUGCAGCUGGAUCCCAGAGAAGGGAAGGUCGAGUGGAGGAAGGAGGCUGUAAUACAGUCUGCAAGAAAGGAUGAGGAGGGACUGGUAACCAUCAAGGAUGUGUCAUUGAGCUUCUCCCAGGAGGAGUGGCGGAGCCUGGAUCCUUCGCAGACAGACUUUUAUGGAGAAUAUGUCAUGCAGGAAAACUGUGGGAUUGUCGUCUCUCUGAGGUUUCCUAUUCCCAAACUGGACAUGCUUUCUCAGCCAGACGGAGGAGGAGAGCAGUGGGUACCUGACCCCCAGGACUUAGAAGGGAGGGAUAUCCUGAAGGUCACAUAUACAGGAGAUGGGAGCGAGCAUGAAGGUGACACUCCUGAAAUAGAGCCGGAACCUUCCAGGGUGUUAUCCAGUGUAUCUGAAGAUACUGUCCCCUGGAAUCCAGGGCAGGCUCGGAGCUGGGAGUCCAUGCCUAGGGGCCCCAGAGACAUGCUCCUAAGCCCACCCUUUCUUCGGGAAGACAGCUUCUCAAGCCUUCUGGGUAGUGCUGAGAUGGACUCUCUCUUAAAGCCCCAUACGUGCCCUCAGUGUGGGAAACGGUUUGUGUGGGGCUCCCAUCUCGCCAGACAUCAGCAAACACACACUGGGGAGAGGCCCUACAGCUGCCUCAAGUGUGAGAAAAGCUUCGGGAGAAGGCAUCACCUGAUUAGGCACCAGAAAACCCAUCUACGUGACAAGCCAAGCAGGUGUUCUGAGUGUGGCAAGAAUUUUCGAUGCAACUCCCAUCUGGCCAGCCACCAAAGAGUACAUGCGGAGGGCAAAUCCUACAAGGGCCAGGAGAUCGGAGAGAGUCCCGGGAAUGGGAAACAGCAGCUUGCCCCACCGGUGCCAAAGUGCCAUGUGUGCACUGAAUGCGGGAAGAGCUUUGGCCGAAGGCACCACCUCGUAAGACACUGGCUGACCCAUACUGGGGAGAAGCCCUUCCAUUGCCCUCGCUGUGAGAAGAGCUUUGGCCGCAAGCACCACCUGGACAGGCACCUGCUGACCCACCAGGGACAGAGUCCUGGGAGCAGCUGGGACACAGGGACAUCUGCCUUUUGAAAUCUGUGUUUUCUGUAGCUAUGGUCAAACCUCUCAGCCGGUUCUAUCAGCAGCCACUGCCAGAGAUGCCCCUCUCCUGGACCCUGAUGGCCAGAGCAUUUCUUACCAGUUCAAAUGAAAACAGAGUUUUUUGGACAAAAUUUUGGGAAACAGUGCAAAAAUCUGUGUGUGAUUAUUCAGCUUGAACCCACUGCCAAGAAAACAGUGGAACCAGUAGUGAUGGGUGAGGUUCGUUCUCAUUGGUUAAAGUCUAUGUUGGAGUCUUAAUAUUCAUACAUCACCCUUGUGUGCUGAUUAUUUUAUAUCCCCUUUAAAGAGGGGAUAUAAAGUGAAAGGGGCCAUGUCAGUAUAUCAAGGGCCCUGAGAACUACUGCAGUCAAAUUAGUGUCUAUUAAUGCAAUGUUUCCUAAAUUUGUUUGGCCUCAGGAUCUAUUUCAGAUUCCCACAGAACUGGUGACCCUGUGAAAUGUAUUUCUGUCAUCACUGGGUUAAAAGGCGACGAGGAAGCAAGAAAGAAACAGUGACCAGACACUCAGAACCCCGGUGUUGAUCUAUGAAAGCAUGGGGCCAGACAUUGUUGUAUAGGUCUAUCAUCCUUCCCCAUCAUUACACGUGCCUCUCACCUUUACCUCUGAAAAACAGAGUGGCCUUUCACUUUCUAUUC